AUGGAGAAGUUUGCCUUCGUUGUGAAACACAAAUGGUGGCAUGGGUCGAGUCUGCAAGGCGGCACAAUUGUGGAAAAGAAAGUACUGCUUUCUGGAAUGAAACAUCUGCUUUUGUAUUUGCAGAACAUCAUCAAGAAAGUGAUCGGACAAAAAUUUGUGUACAAGUUUGUCUCCUUUCCUGAGAUUUUAAAAAUGGAUCCACAUGCUGUGGAAAUCAGCAGAGAGAGCCUUUUGCUGCAGGACAGCGACUGUAAGAUGCCUUCUGAGAGCAGGGAUCAGCACAAGCACAGCUUGUCAGCACUGAAAAGCACAAGCCGUAAUGAAUAUAUCCACUCUGGCCUGUACUCCUCUUUCACUAUCAACUCUCUGCAGAACCAGCCAGACCCUUACAAGCCAAUCAAAACAGAAAAACUGGAGGAGAAGUCAGAAGGAAACACACCAGUCGAAGAAGUUCGGACUGUUAUAAGAUUUGUGACAAACAAAACAGACAAACAAGUUAUGAGGCCCAUGGUGUCGUUGCCUUCCACUUCCGAAACAGCAGCUGCCUCUGCUUUUCUCAGCUCAUCAGUCUCAGCUAAAAUACCUUCCUUAAUGCUACCCAACAGUGCCAGCAUUUCAUCUCCAUCGUCAUCUUCCUCCAGGUCGCCGUCUCUGUCUCCCACCUCACCCCUCCCUGCAGAACACAGGAGCCUCUUCUUUGAGUCCAGUUGCCACGACUCAGAUUCCCUUGAGCCUCUGAACCUCUCCUCAGGCUCCAAGGCAAAAUCUCCAUCUCUUCCCCCAAAGGCUAAAAAACCCAAAGGCUUGGAAAUCUCCGCCCCACCUAUGGUUCUCUCCAGCACCGACAUCGGUUCCAUCGCCCUCAACAGCCCCGCGCUUCCUUCGGGAUCCCUGACUCCAGCUUUCUUCACUGCACAGACCCCAAAUGGAUUAUUGCUGACCCCAAGCCCGCUGCUGUCUAGCAUUCAUUUCUGGAGCAGCCUCAGUCCUGUUGCUCCUCUGAGUCCUGCCAGGCUGCAGGGACCAAACACUCUGUUCCAGUUUCCAACUCUGCUAAAUGGUCACAUACCAGUGCCACUCCCCAGUCUGGACGGAGCCUCUUCUCCAGUACUGCUUUCUCCAAAUGCUCAGAAAUCCUGAUGACGCCUCAUCACGCCAAGGACUUAUUGGUGGAUUUAACACUUCAUUCCUAUGGGCUAGUUUUUCCUGUGUCAUGAGAAGGACAUUGUGAAACCCUCUAUUACUUUGGUUUGCACUUUUCAUUACAUGGAUAAUCUACUUUUAUUAUGUUAGCAUUUUUAAACAGUGUUUAUAUAUAAAAGUAUAUAUAAAUCUGUUUUGCAUUAAAUGAAUUAUAAUUUUUUUAUAUCAUAGCUCUCAAGUGUUGAACACUUCUGUUGUUGAUGAAGUACUUUUCUUAAUGGAUUGCAACAAUGUAUCUAAUAAGGAUGUGAAGCUUCUUUUUAAUCCCUUUUUCUGCAUAUUAUGCAUUGUGCUUGUGUAAACUAUAACCGGCUGUGCCUUCUUUUGCAUAAUGUCAUGUAAAUGAUUUAUAUAUUUUCUAGUAUUAAGAUAAAAAGUUGAAAGACAAAACUAGUAUUGAACAGCCCUAUGGUAGUAUUUCAGUAUUUUCUCCACGGAUAGGCCAUAUGAUGCAGUGUAUUCAUGUAACUUUGUAUUAAGUGCUUUCAAAUUGCAUGAAAAUAGCCUUGUAAUUUUUCUUUGCUGAAGUGAAAAACGUAAUCAACGUUACAGUCAGGAGAUGCAUUUAGGAGUAACAAAGCCACAUUUUACACAUUGAUGCCCAAGUUCUUCUGGGGAGUUGCAACAGGGAGGAACCGGGCUGCGUAUAUUCAUGAGACAUUUCCAGCAGUUGAGAAUACUUCUGUAGAAAAGGAGACGUUGCUCAGAAUUUAUUUGGCCGAUACUUCUUACGAACUGUCAACAUUACAGCUGGAAAGACUGCAGGUAUCUCUGUCCUCCCAGGGAAUGAGGAUCAUUCCCGAUAGAGAAUUUCCAGGUGCUUUGUUCAGUCGUGCCAAGUGCCUUCUACUAUUUCCCUGGAAAGAUGAUUCUAGCUACUAAAGCUCUGAAGGUCACAUUUUCCCUUCCCCCAAAGCUGGAAAAGUUACAGGACUGUAAAUUAAUGCCUGGUGCUUGUAAAGAGGCAUACUGUACAUGUGGGAUGUUUAUGUAUAAACAUCUGAAUUCUGGAUUAAAACCCAGCACUGUGUUACUCUAUACUUGCAACUUGAACUUACUGGGUAUGUCCUCUACCUUGAGGUGAUGGCUGAGUCAUCUAAAUGUCAGGUUAGGAUUAGGCUAGACUCCCUGGCACCACAGAUUCUAAUCUUGGCAGGGCUGAUGCAAAUCUUCAGUUUUCUGAGGUGGCUAAAUUGGGUUGAAUGCAGCUUUACCAUGCAGGAUUUUCAGAUGAGACCUUCAAAAACCAAACCAAAAUCAGAAUCCCGUUUGCUACAGGUCAUUAGAGCUUCUACUUCGCUUUCUGGCCAAGCGGCUGGUGAAAAGUCUGUUCUUUUUGAAAUUCAUGCAGUGCGUUGUCUGCUGAUUUUCUGUUUGGAUGCAUUUCAGUGAUGAUGUGUGUAGUUAAUUGUAAAGUGCUUUUGGAUCCUUCAACCUGAAAGGUGCUAAAUAAACAUUUUAUUAAUGCA